UUACACUUAACACAAUGCAGUCAGGCAAGUACCGUUCUCCUGGCAACCUCCAAACUCAGACACAUCCAUUGGAUUGCCAGACAGAGAAGCGUGAUUUUUCACUCCGGAGAACACGUCUCAACUGCUCUAGAGUCCAGUGGCAGCCGGCUGAGCUGCUGCUUUUCCCAGUUGCUUCCACUUUGUUAUAAUAUCACUAACAGUUGACUGUGGAAUAUUUAGUAGCAAGGAAAUGUCACGGAUGGAGUUAUUGCACAGGUGGCAACCUAUCACAGUACCACGCUUGAAUUCACUGAGCUCCUGAGAGUGACCCAUUCUUUCAAAAAUGUGUGUAGAAGCAGCCUGCAUACCUAG